AUGUUUGAAGUUCCCGAGGCAAAGAGAGUCCGCAGAGAGGACCUGAAUGUGUCAGAUGAUGGCGAGAAUGAGAGUGAUGAUGGACUUCAAGACGCCGAGCUGCGUGCAAAGUUUCAUGCACAAAUGGCGAGAUCAUUGGGCUUGGAUAUUGAUAUGGGGCUGACUUCAGAUGCUCCCAUGAAGGAGUCUCGAUCAGCAAGCAGAAAAGAGACGGAUGACAAAGAUAUAAUGGACGUGGACGCCAAUGAGGCAGCGGAGGAGGACGACCAUGAAGAGGAGUUCGCCUUUCGACUUUUCAGCAAAGCACCGGCGACACAAAAAGUUGUAUUGGAAGAAGACACAGGGCCGACAGGCACCGGCGUGUUUGUCAGUGGUCGGCCUCUAUCCUACUACAUUGUGACAAAUGUACCAGCACAACAAAAACAAGAAUAUGCUAUAGCCUCUAUUAGCGGCGACGAAGUACUUGCAAGAUCAGGCGACAGAGCCUGGGGGCUCGAGCUUCCCUGGAAGGUCACGAAACUCACCAUUAGUCGAAAAGUCAACCCCGAUGAGAAAGCAGAAGGAGAAGGAGAAGGAGAAGAGACUAGAGGGAAACGAAGACCUGGAAAAAAGCAACGAAUAUCACUAAGGAAACGGGCCAAGGCGAAGGAAGAGAAGAAGGCAGCUGAUGCGAAGAAAAUGGCAGACAAGGAAGAACAUAUCAAGGACAAGAAAAAAAGGAUGAACAGAUUGAAGAAGUUGAGGAAGAGGGCCAAGGCGAGAGAACAGAAGCAAACAACCAAAGGAGAGGAUGGGCAGAGCGACGAGUCGGACGGAGAUUCAGGUUCUGAGUAG